UAUUACAUGACAUGAAAGCAUUCACACAAGAGCCUAUAUGGAUUUGAAUUGGUCCCUCUGAUCUUGAACAGAAGAAAGCAGGUAUGGUGAAUGAUGGAUGCAGAGUGUGACAAGAAAGAGAAACAUUAAGAGUAACAUUAAGAGUAUACCGUGAGAGGACGCCUUGUGGUUGAAUAAAACAAAAACUUCUACUAAAGGUAACUCUCUGAGACAUAGUGGCACUCACGCUGUGAGCUAAUAUUUGAUCAGUGUCGACAGGUGCAGAUGUGCCUGUUUUUUCUGUGGGAAAAUAGAAAGAUUGACGGAGAAUUAGAGAAAUUCAAACCGAGUUGGAGUGUUUUCUAUAUGUAGAUAGAUAGAUAAACCUUUUAUUGAUCCUUUUGGGGAGGUUCCUUUCAGGAAAUUGGUGGGUGAAUGGUCAAGAGAUUGAAAAAGUUAUGAGUUUGCCCUUGGAAGAUAACUUUAAGAUUCGUGGUGAGUCAUAAACGCAGUCUGGGCAGAGAUAAGCAAGGGUCGUUCUGGUUGGGAUGACAAUCAGGUUUUGCCGGCAGCUUCCUGGUGGGAAUACAAUUAAUGUUGUACUGCUUUCGUACAGAAACCACAGACCUCUACAGCAAGUUCAUUAUUAUCUCUAGAAUACACUGACCACCUGUGUCAGCAAUGCCUCCACUUCGGGUUAACAAGUCCUCCAAAGUAUAAAUCAUGUUUACCUCCAUCACCUUCAUCGUGCUUGGUCUGGUAGGGAAAUGUCUACUCAACUGGAUCCUGGUGCUUCUCCAGAAUCACAUCUGCAGAAGCUUCCUGGGAGUUUUCAGCAUUUCUUUGACUCUCGUUGACGGAGCAAUGACCUUUAUUCUCACUACACUGCACAUCUUCGGUGAUGGAUAUAUCGUCCUCUCCGGCUACCUGCUCACAAGGUAUCAUGUGUGUUUCUUGGUGCAAAUUGUUGGAGAGGUCCAGGGAGUGCUGCAGUGGCCUGUCGUAGUAAUGGCUGCUCUGGACAAUAUCUGCAGUGUGACUCAGAGGUGGCGUGCAGCCACUUUCAAGUCAAAAUGGAUUCUCUAUGCAUUCGUGACUGUGUUCCUGUGGUGCAUCUCUAUUCUCUACACCUUCCUGGGGUCUGACUUCAUUCCAGUCAUGGAAGACAUUUCCCACCACCAGAUACACACAUGCUGGGUCAUCUACUCCUUGCAGACGCUGCACAUUGCCUUGGCGCUCCUCCUCCUUUUGGGCUGUUCUGCACUGUGUGUUAAGAGCCCUCUCACGCUUCAUUGCUUUUAUCUAUCUCCAGACCAAAAUCAAACUCACUGUCAGAGGAGUUUCGUCCAACGAGUCCUGUGUAUAUUCUUCCACAGUUGGACCCUCCUUCUGUUUUACCUGGCCGUCCUCUUCCUUGUGGGAAUACCCUCACACCUGGGCUUGAACGUUGCCUGGCUCUGUUUCCUCAACAGCCUUCUGGCAGCAGUUGUUUCAUGUGUAUACGGACGUUUCUGUGCGACGCUGCAGCCAUCCAGUGGCUUGGUAGCAGUUCCCCCACACUGUUUCUGCGAGUGGAAAUGUUCAGUUACUUCAUUUUAGCCUGGCUGCAGAAGACAAGACACAAUAACGACCACAAACUGGAAAAACUGAAACUGACUGCAUGUCUUGUACAAAAGAAUAUUUGUGUAUAGACAGAAAUGGAGCUGCUACAUUUCCAAACUUCCUGCAAAAGGAAAUGCAAAAAUGAAUUUUGUUGAAUUAUUCUCAGUGUCACAGGCCUGAUGAUGUAAUCGGAGGAUUUUAAUAUUACAGGUCUGACCAAGGAGUGAGACAGCGGACAAACCAUUAAACCUCUGAACUACUACGUUCCUUAAGGCCAAACAGGAGAAGCUCAUACGUCAUAUAAAAUUGGGCCUUCUCUUGUAUGAGUUAGAAAUAAAGGAAUUUUAUCUGACGAUCUCCAUCUGUCGGAGUUUUCUAUGAUUCAAAUAAAUAUAUUCAGCAACAUUAUUAAAAAGAAUAAAAAUUGCCUUUAUUGUUGUUUUUGGUCGAAUA